AUGGAUAUCAACCAUCCACGACAUGAUAGCCCUCACCGGCACAAAGGCAAGGUCGCAAUUCCGACGUUGAAGCGACUUGAAGCGACGAAUUUAGCCCCUAAAUCAAGUGUUCGACCUACAAAAGCAGUGAGCACGGCAAAACGAGAUGCUCUGGAGAGAAGCCACAAUGCCAAAGCUGUGUCAAGCAGAACCUGGAAUGCCGGUAUGACCAGGUCCGCAGAGAUCGUCUCAGAGAGUUCGGCUUUAGAACGGAAUCACAUGUUGACUGAGCUUCUGAAAGAUAGUCCUGUUCAUGAUGAUCAAGAAAAGAGGGAAAAGGUGGAGGAAGUGCUCAAGACUAUCGCCAACGCCCCGUUCUCAACCAUGCCAAACGCAGUACAUGCAUCAGUCAAGGUCUUUGGGAAAAGAUGCAGGAGAGACUUCUCUUCUGCGGAGGAUGAUCACGCAGAUGACAAUGGCACACUUUCCAAAAGAGCACCCGUUGUCGCUUCUGCUAGCUGUUUGCAGGGCCUCAAUUUCUUAGAGGACAAUGUACUACACGAUGAUCAAGUCAACAGUACAGGUCUUCUGGGGCGCGAGUCUCCCGUACACUGGCUACAAUUCUUGUAUAAGCGGACAGAACAGUAUAGUCUUCGGAAAAGGACAGAAACAAACAGUUCCACCGUUGUUCUCAUGACUGACUCUGACGAUAGUAUCGAUAACCCGCCCUUCCUGUCCCGAGGGACAAUAAAGAGCGUUCAGUUUGCAGAGUUCAAUUUCUACCUGGAUGCUUCAGAUAUCAACGUUGACAUUGGCGAUCCAAAUAUCGUACCAUGUGCGGAUACCGCAGGAAGGCUAUACGAGCAUUACCGCUCGGUCGUCCACGACCCCUUUCGAGUUCUCGGUGAUGCAUUUGCAGGCCAGUUGCGCAGAUAUUAUAUCGCUCUAAAAGGGGAUGCAAUGCUGUCCGUUUGUUCGAAAUGGAAGGCCUGUAUGAACCUUGUGUUCGCAAUAGGUGCACGCUAUGCUCAGCUCAUCGAUGACGAUCCCCAGGCGGAAGACCAUAAUCACCUAGCCUACAUGUGGAGAGCCGUUCAUUUGCUAGAACUCGGAUCCUUCAGUGCGCCAGUGUUAGCUCCGGACCUAUCAUUUGUUCAGACGGAAGCCUACACAUCAGAAUGGGAGAAAGCAUGGUACACACUCGGCAUAUCCAUUCGUCAUGCGCAAGCGGCUGGAUUACACCUGAGGCACCAAGAUCCCUCAUUGUCCCUGGAGCGUAAAACCACACUUUCGCAAACAUGGUGGGCACUACAUUCGAUUGAGACUCUUUUGACCUCCGUGACGGGACAACCACGCGUGAUCAGUCUCAGAGACAUCACAGCAAUCCUACCAAGAGCUUUAUCUGGGGCUGAGAAGCGGCCACUCGACGCUAACACACGACCCUCUCACCUUUUCACGCGGAUUGACAGCAGCCCCACUGAGCCCUCAGAACCUCCCUCUCGCCCCUCUGUAGUUGACUCGAGGGCGUCAUUCCUCAAUGGCUAUAUCGGGAUUGAUCUCGUCAUGCACAAGGUUCUGACAACAUUGUAUUCUCCUCGCACGAGCAACAUUUCGUGGAUGCAGACACAAAAGCAGAUUGCAACUUUGCUCCCCGAGCUCGAGGAGUGGGCUUUACAGUCUCUUCCACACGGCUUACUGGCAUCCACGGCACUUACAAACAGGCGUGAACACUUCUCGCUGUACCUAUACUAUGGAAGUGCUAAGAUGUACAUCACACGACCAUGUCUGUGCCGAAUAGAUAUGCACAAUGAAAGCCAGAGUGAAGGAAUGACGGGCUUGGAUAAGAAGACGGCAGAGAUUUGCGUACAGUCUGCUCUGAAUCUCUGCUCCAAAUUCUCCGAAGAACCAAAUCUACAAUGGCUUUAUAGCAGGGGGCCAUGGUGGUCAAUCGUGCAUAUUAUCAUGCAAACCGUUGCCAUACUUCUUCUCGAACUGUCACACGACUCCAUACACGCCACGGUUGGACGGCCCAACGUGAUCGCAAGCAUAGAUAAGCUCACCAGGUGGCUACGUUGCAUGAAAGUCAAGGACGCCGUCAGCGAGCGCGCAUACAAUAUUGUGUGUCGAUUGCGCAAGACAGUUGAAAUUCUUCCGGGGCAAGAAAGUCAAGGCUCAAAUCAUUCCGCAUCACCUUCCUUUUCUAAUGUCCCAACGCAACCGCUACUCGCUACGACGUACGCGCCGUUGAAUGUCUGCAUGUCGUCGACUGUCCCUCAGCCGCAGCAGCCACUACCUGACCUCCAAACCGAUCCGACGGCGUUCCAGCACAGUAACUAUCCCAACCCAGAUCGAGACGCCCAGGGGAACCUCCACCCCCAGCCACAGGUCCAGCAUCUCGUUGCCCUACAGGACGCAUCCGCCCCGUUUAGCCAAGAUCACGCGUCCGAGUCGCUUGGAGACCCGGGUUCGAAUGAUUUCAAUCGAUACGUUGGAUGGGAAAAUGCAGAACUCGAGGACUGGAUGGCAUAG